AUUGGGGAGGUUUUUGGGGCACAGACAACAGUUCCUUUAGUCCACACAUCCACACCAGACACAGCAACACAGUGCAGUUCUCUGGAAGGCAAUAUGGAACAACAGGGGUAUUGUAAUCCACAGGGCAGGGAUGGGUUAAGUCCAGGCAGGUUCACGGAGAACAAGGGGUUAAGUCCAGGCAGGGGAUAGAUCCAGGCAGGUUCAUGGAGAACAAGGGGUUAGGUCCAGGUAGGGGAUAGAUCCAGGCAGGUUCACGGGGACAGCAGAAGAUUCCUCCACAGGGCAGGGAUUCCAGGCAGCACAG